AGUAAGUGUAUGUUUGUACUGUUUCAGAUGAUCAGUAGUGUGUGAGUUCUCACAUGGCUUGUCCUGAGAACAUGUAUUUUCUCAUUGGUCUCUUUAUGUCAGGUGUUUUGGUCUGUUUUGGUCAACGAGAUUUGAUCACCACAAUGCCAGAUAGACUGGAUGUACUGACUGGCUCCUGUGUGCAAAUCCCAUGUUCAUUUGAUAUUCCUGACCAACAUAAGGAUACAUUUAACAGGGCAAUACUACUCUCUGGAGUGUGGAUUAAAGAAAACUUUGAUGGGCGUCCGGACAAUGUGAUAUUUAACAGCAGUAAGACAGUCAACAGAUAUCAAGGGAAGAUAACUGGAAACAUGUCCCAGAAGAACUGCACCACAGUCUUCUUCAAUGUAACCACCAAUUACACUAAUAUAUACUUCUUCAGGAUUGAGAGUCAACCAUACCAUGCAACAGACACUGGAAAGUAUGUUGAAAUAGUUGUCAGUGAUUUGCCUUCCAGUCCCAUCCUUACUGUCUCAGGUGAGGUGAAGGAAGGGACCCCUGUCAGCUUGAACUGCUCUGCUGUCGCUCCCUGUCCCGAACACCCCCCUGAGCUGACAUGGACUCUUCCAACACAGUUCACAACUGAGAACCAACUGCAGGAGAAUUCAGACCAAACCAAAUCAGUUCUCUCCACGGUGACCUUCAACCCGUCAUACCUUCAUCAUGAGAUGAACAUCACUUGUACUGCAGUCUACCCAGUAGGGACAAGCAACAAGACAGCUGAACAUAACGUGAUGCUUAACGUUUCAUUCUCUCCUAAGGACACCUCGGCCUCCAUCAGUCCAUCUGAUCCAGUAUUAGUGGGCAGCUGUGUUAAUCUGACCUGCAGCAGUACAGCCAACCCUCCUGUGACAACCUUCACCUGGUUCCAGAUCAGUGGAGAUAAACCAACACAGGUAGCAUCUGGACACAGUUACUCCCUCAUUGUGACUGGUGAUGGAGAACUGUACUUCUGUGAAGCAAGAAAUAGUCACGGCUGUGGGAAGUCAAAGGAAGUGCAGCUGGCUAUUAAAGGGCAAGAAGAGCCUGUUAACCCAAAGGUUUUUGAGAUUGUAGGAAAAACCUUGGGGUUGAUUUUCCUUUUCAGCCUGAUCGUAUUCUUUGAAUGGAGGAGGAGAACAUCUAGACUCCCCAGUGGGUUUGACAUGACAGACCGUUCACAGGGACUGGUGGGAAUGAACUCCCCGGUUGGGACAGUGUGCUCUAACCAGGCCACGGUUGGUAGAGGGAACCAGUAACCACCAUUUAACAACCUCGAUGGUCUUUAAGCACAAGUCAAGAAAAGAGGGGCAUUUUAUGUAUUUUUCCAAUGGGUAUUUAUUUUGUACAUAAUGUUUCUGCCACUGUCUGUUAUGACCAAAAAGAGCUUCCAGAAAUCAGGACAUAUUCUAUUAUAGACACCUUAUUGCAAACUUUUAAAUGAUAUUCUGCGACCUACAAUACUUCCUUCGGCAGAGAGACCCUACCCGUGUUACAGCCAAUGAUCACAUCUUGUAUCUCACUGAACUGGUAUUUUCCAAUAACUAUUUCAUCUUUGAGUCAGAGUUUUUACUUCAAAUUCGGGGUGUAGCAAUGGGCUCCCCCUUUGCCCCCAACAAUGCUAAACUGUAUGUGGAACAAUUUGAGGAACCACUCACUUACAAAACAGAGACACACCCCCUUCUUUCUAAAAUCUUCACAUGGAAGAAAUAAACAGAUGUCUCUGUGCUCUGGGAAGGAAGUCAGCAGGAACUAAAUUAAUUCCAAACUCUGCUAAACGAGAGCUCUGAAUAUCUUAAAUUCACCAUGCAGACUGUUGAGAGAAAUAUAAACUACCUGGAUUAUCAAAGAGAAUGAUGCAUUACAUACAGACUUGUACAAACAGCCAAUAGACCUCAAUACCCUGCUACGUGGGGAUAGUAUGCAUCCCCUUCCCCUCAGGAAUAGUCUACCAUAUAGCCAGCAGGUUUAAACAAAUCUGUGGCCAAUAGUCAGACUUUGACUGCAAUGCUUAGAAAAUGAAAACUAAAUUCAAAAAUCAGUGGCUACAUGGAAAAAAGUAUGGAUGCUGCAAUGAUGAAAAUAUCUCAAAAACCAAGAGUGGAAUUGCUUAAAAGUAAACCAAAGAAGAAAAACAAAUAUUUUGCACAAAGUACACCAAGUGUUCAGAGAAAAUGAAAGCAAUUCUGAAGAAGCACUGGCAUAUUCUGCAAUCAGACAAAACAAUUUCACACUUAUUCAAGGAACUGUGUGGACGCAAUGUUCCCAUGUUCUAUAAGUGUGGUUGCAAUAUGGAGGAUAGCUUAGUGAGAUCUGACCUGCCCCCUGAGCCCACUCAGACACUCUUUACACCCAUUCCAAAUGGAAACAACAAAUGUGUCUCAUGCUCACAGUGCAAUAGCUUUACAAAAAACAUCCUUCAGACACACACAUACAGGUGGAAACAUCCCUGUUAGGGGUAUUAUCUCUUGCAAGAUAAAGAGAGUAAUCUGUCUCAUCACAUGUUCAUGUGGGAACGCCAACUCAUUACAAACAAAAAACAUUUAAAACAAUGCAUAGCUGUAAGAACACUGAGUAUCUAGUAGCAGCUCACUUUGUUGAAGCUAACCAUCCCAUCAGCCGUCAUCUGUUGCUCUACCAAGGAGAGGAGGUAACAUGGAGAUCCUACUACUUCAGAGGGAGGCCCACUGGAUUUCCUAUAUAAAACAUUGACCUCUAGUGGUCUGAAUACUGACUUUGAUCUCUGGCCCUUUUUAUGAACAAUUAUUAUAAUGAACAAGUCAUAUAAAUUAAUAUAUUCUUUAUAAAGCUUACCAGUGUACAACCAAUAUGUUCCCCCUGUUGAUGAUGCUAAUAAUGCAUUAUGGAUGAACCAAAAGAUUACAUCUUAUCAACAUUUAAUGAAAUUAGAAACAAUUAAAUAAAUGUGAAAUUAAAUUAAGGUAUGUUGAUGCAAAUCUUUUGCUAAUUUUAAUGAUAACAAUAGGCUAAUAUUUUCAAUAUGCUGUAAACUAUUGUCUUUUAACAGUUACACUCAAUUAAUUCUAAUUAACCUCAUAAUUAUGACACACCCCUCACUAUUGUCAAUGUUGCACUAAUUGCACUGUUUGUCGACAUAACCUGGUUCAAGCAUUCAUGACUUUACCCUGAAGAAGGAACAGUGAUGCCGAAACAUUGGUGUUUUACCCAAUAAAUUACUGGGAGUUUAUAUAUAUAUAUAUAGAUUGUGCAACUCUCUUUGUUUUUAUAGCUUACAGUGUAUUCACCGUUAGUCAGCACCUCUACAAUAAGUCAUUUUCUCUGGGUGUGCUCCAGAUAAUGCUUUUUAUAUCACCUGAACAUAACAAAUAAA